AUGAAUACGGAAUGGGAAGAGGAGGAAGACGACCCAACUUACAAGGAGGAAUCCACAGUGUUUAGCAGACUUCCUCCGGAGCACGAAGCAUACAAACCAACCAAGCGCGCAGGGUAUAACCCCAAAGCAGAGCAUGAUUACACCUUGAGCUAUCGUCCUGAGGACAUGGCUGAAAAUUCAAAAUUCAUUCGAGAAAUCGCGUACGCGGCCAUUGACAAAACGAAAUUACCACACAACGUGGGUAAAUACAACGGGUUGACGGACCCAGACGAUCACCUCCAGGUGUUUAAAGGUGCAGGAGCAACAGGCGGAUGGAACUUACCAACAUGGUGCCACCUGUUUGCUCAGACAUUCGUCGGCGCGGCGCGCAUUUGGUUUGACAACUUACCGGCUGGCAAAAUCAAAUCAUGGGUCGAUUUCCGAGAGAAGUUCCUAGCACACUUCUCUCAGCAGCGAAGACAAGCCAGAGAUCCGGGUGAUUGUUUGAACAUAUGGAGAAAAGACUACGAAAGCGUAGAAGAUUUCAUUACAAGGUACAACAAAGAAUGUUUAGAGAUCGGAGACAUACCAGAAAAAAUGAUGCGCGCGCACUUCAUGCGAGCGGUCAAGUGCGACGAUCUAGUUAAAAGAAUCAAAGGGCGAGAUGGAGGACCCAAAGACUGGGAAACCUUCAUCGAAGCAGCCAAGACUAUCGCGCAGACAGACAGGCAACUGACCGGUGACGAUCACCAGAACCAUCAGUUCAAACCACCUUUGCAAAUGCGCAACAAGAGAGGCCAAGACCCAAAUCUCUUCUGUGAAUUCCACAAAGAUACGGGCCACUUAACCGACGACUGUUUCAGUCUAAAGCAAGAAAUCGAGAGAGCCCUACGAGAUGGAAAGCUCACUCAUCUGGUCAAAGGCGGAAAGCGCGACUACCGCCAAAUACAAAGAAGAGAUGAAGGACCAGAUAACAAAAAGCUCAGAAAGCUAGAAACCCACAUGGUGCAAGGAGGUCCACGAAGACCAAGGAAAAACUACAACAAGCGCGCGCAAGACGAUUCAUGGCGCGAAAGGCAAGUUAUUUUUCCAGUUGUUAGAGGGGGUCCAAGAGAAAAGCGACCAAUAAUCAUUCCGGGUGUGGUUGGCCACUACCAGACAGAUUACAUCUUCAUUGAUCCCGGGAGCACCGCAGAUAUUAUAUAUGAACAGUGCUUCAAUCAAUUUGAUCAAGAGGACAAGGCGCGCCUAGAGCCAGUCGACUAUCCACUAACUGGCUUCUGCAACGAGGCCGUCUUUCCCCUGGGACAAAUAUCAUUUCCGGUGUUGCUUUCAGACGGGAGAAAUUCAAGAACUGAAGAAGUCACAUUCAUGGUAUUGCCGGCGUACUCAAGACAUGACAUCAUCCUGGGAAGAGAAUCCCAAGGAGAUUUCAGCAUGAUCUGCUCUGCACCACAUUCCGCUGUUGGUUUCCCCACCGAAACAGGCAUUGCGCUGAUAUAUGCCAGCAAGGAAGUUUUAGCAACAGACGAAAUCAGACCAGCCAAAGUGUAA